GGUAGCAACUGGGUACAACAUGGGAGCAUCUUUUUUUAAAGCCUUUGAACAUGUUGCUGAAGCUUUUAUGUCUGUGAUGCAAGAAAUUGCAGAGAAGAUCGAGCAGAUAGCAAUGGAAUGCACAGAUACAUCCAACCCAGAUGCCAUCGGAUUUGCCUUCAGAGGUAUCUCAGAAGCGCCUGCCGAUCCGCUCUUCGAGAAAUACCUCUCUUUGAACUCAUCGCAGCAUCUGGACUGCCAUUACACCUCUGUGCGGGACUCCUUCAGCCCUGAGCAGGUGUCUAGCUUCGACCAGAGUCUGCGGGACACCCUGGGAGGGAGUGGGACGGUGGCGUUCGGCGGGGUUGGUGUGGUGGCGUUGGCCUUGGCCAUGCUCUUUGACGUCCUGGCCGCACAGAUGAAGGGGCAGAUGCCACUGCCCGAUCCCAUGCAGCAGAUCUUCAACGGCGAGGGGGAGGCUCUUUCCAAGAUGCGAGCCGCCAUCAGCGAUUGCCUGAAUCGGCUGCCGAGGAGCGGCAACAGAAAAAGGAAGAUGAAGCUGCAAGCACACCAUUGCCAGCUACAGGUGAGAAACACUCUUCACACCUACGCGCUCGAGGUCCUGGAGAAGGCUCAGGUGACCGGGAAUUAUGUCAACGCCGUGGAGAGAAACCACUUGCUCAACGCUUACCUCCUCUACGCUCACCUGGCAAUCCACUACAACCGUAUCGAAUCAAGUGAGGAGAUAAGCGAGCCACUGACGGCUACCGACAAGAAUUCUAAAAAGAUGCUGCUGCUUUACGUCUUCGCUCCUAAUGUCACAUACGCCAUGCAAAACUGGGAGGAACCCAUCACAAACAUGAACAUUUCCUGUGUCCAGCCUCCGGUCAUGGAGUCCAUUUCCCUUUUGAGUGAGGGCCAGACCACCUUCGUCUCAACCCUAAGAGACAGGAAAGAGCUAAUCAAACAGCAUGAUGAUUUUGCGAUCUCAAAAUGAAUGAUAAAACCAUAAUUACAUGUAGUCUUAUGAAAGGUCAUGGAUAGAUGUGCAUGCCAUUGUGUACCAGAGUUUGUAUGAUUUCUGAUAAAAGGCAUUAGGCUACUUCUGUGGUUCGUAUACUGCAGUAUUAGUAUUAGUCAUUACUGUAUUAGUUAAUUCAUGUAUGGCAUAGCUAAAAUAAUUUGUUGACGGUUGCUUAGGCCACUCAUGAUACUCCAAAUUAAAUAUUUUGUGAUGCAUUUCAUUAUUUAAUCCAAUGGAGUUGUGUGGUGAGGUGUUUAGUAAGGAGUAAAACUUGUGUGACUUCAAUCAACAGAGAAACACACUCUUAAUCAGAAUAUUUUGAAUUUGCAUUUUAAUUCAGUUUCAAGCUUACUGAGAUUCAGUUCCAAACCAAUGGAUUCAAUUUCCAAAUACAGUUGCUCAAAUUCAGCCAUUCAAAUGCAAAACAAAAUAUUCAGACAAGUUUUACUCCAUAGUUUUGGCACUGUAUCUGUUUGGGGAGAAAUGGUAUGUGGGUUUGGCAGUAUAAUACUCUGAAAGACUUUAGUGUAAUUGGUGAUAUAGCGUGACCUUGCCAAUAUGAGGGUUAAAAUGUGUUUA